UCGCUCGUCAUCAUGGCUCUGAAUAGCUGUUGUUGGACAGGGCUCUGUCUGCUCUCUUUCCUCCUGAUCUGUGUCAAUGGACAAACAUCAGGGCCAUAUUUCAUGGUGACGUUUCCUGCAGUGAUCAAGUCGGGAUCUGAGGCCAAACUUUGUGCAAGUGUUCUCAAGCCCAAUGAAAGCCUUGUCAUGAACAUUUAUCUGGUUCAUGGUGUCCAGAGCACAUUACUUCUGCAGGAGAAAACUGAGGAAGAGUUUCAUCGCUGCUUUAACUUCAAGGCUCCUCUGGUCAAAGCAGAAUCAGGGCAGAAAAUGAAGGUCGAACUUCAGGGAGAGACUUUCAAGAUGACCGAAGAGAGAAAAGUCAUGUUCAAGCCUUACCAUCCUCUGACUUUCAUCCAGACUGAUAAACCAAUCUAUAUUCCAGGACAAACAGUGAACUUCAGAGCUGUUACCAUGGAUACAAAGUUUGCACCCCUUGAUCAGCAGUAUAGUAAAGUGAUUCUUGAGGACAGUAAAGGGAACCGGAUUGGCCAAUGGACAAACGUUUCUUCAACAAAGUGGAUUUUGGAGCGUUCUUAUGAAUUAAACCCAGAGGCCUGUCAAGGCAUUUACAAACUGAAGGCUUUUAUUGGUGACAGGAUGAUCUCACAUGAUUUUGAAGUGAAAAAAUAUGUUUUGCCUAAGUUUGAAGUUACUGUACAAAGUCCAAAUCAAUUAAAUGUUGAAGAUGAGGAGCUGAUAAUUGAGGUUUGCGGAAAAUACACUUACGGACAGCCUGUUCCUGGAAAAUCAUGCGUGAAAGUGUGUCCUAAUCUUGCGCUCUACAUUACUCCAAUCUCUCUCGAGUCAUUAUGUUUAAAGGAAACCAUUGAGAUCAAAAAGACAGGCUGUGCGAUCCAUACCUUAAAUGCAUCAGCCAUUUUGGUCAACAAACCAUUUCCAAUAAAAUCUCUUAGUGUUGAUGUGAUGGUUACGGAAGAAGGAACAGAGAUCACCAUGACAAAACAUGAAUCUAUAUCUCUCACUUAUGAAAUUUGUAAAGUCACAUUUACUGACCUACCCAAAACUUAUGAACAUGGAUCUGUUAUUGAAGGACAAAUAAAAGUCUCAAAUUGGAAAGGUGCACCAAUUAAAAACAAAAAGGUUUAUCUUAAGGAGGGUUACUUUUGGUCUUCAAAACCGCUCCUAAAUCUCAUUACAGACAGCGGUGGACUGGCCAACUUCUCUUUUAAUACAUCCAGUCAUUCUAAAGGGGAUAUUACUCUAAAAGCAAGUAUCGUUCAACAGGCCAGGAAUCAUCACAACAAUCGACUCUGGCCUCACAUUGUUGAGGUUGAAAAAACAGUCCAGCUCUUCCGGCCUGCCACACCACACACACCAACACGAAGUGAAUUGAUUAUAGAGAAUACUGAGCAACCAUUAAAAUGUGGCUCUGAGUUUACUGCCACCAUCAAGUAUUAUUUUGUUGAAGAGACAAUUAAAAACUUCAAAACUGACAUCGUCUACAUGGUCUUGUCCAGAGGAGUGAUUGUUCAUCAUGGAUACGAGAAGGUUGAAGUGAAGAUUUCUGAUGGAGCGAAGGGCUCAAUGUCGUUCAAACUCUCUAUUAGUGCAGAUCUGGCUCCUGUAAUUCAGAUUCUGGCGUACUGUGUUUUUCUGCCCAGUGAAACCAUUGUUGCUAGUAGCAAAAAUGUUGAAAUUGAAAAGUGUUUCAAAAACAAGGUAUCUCUGCGGUUUUCUCCUGGUAAAGCAGUUCCUGGUGAGAGAAACACUCUCCAGCUCUCAGCUCAGCCUGGUUCACUGUGUGGCCUCAGUGCUGUAGAUCAGAGCGUCCUGAUCCUGAAGUCAGGAGAACGUCUGGAUGCUGACAAGAUCUUCAACCUGCUGCCAGUGCAAUCGUGGUCAGACUACCCUGAGACUCGUGAAGAGGAUGAGUGUCUCGAUAUGCAUUUCCAGACGCGCACAUUAACUUAUGAAUCCUUAAAGAGAGUGGGAUUGAAGAUGGCAACAAAUUUGAUUGUGGAACUCCCUAAUUGUGACAUAGAAUUGAUCAUUUUGACGUGUUCACAUACAUAUCACUUAAAACUGCCAAAUAUCACUUUUUUUCCAGUGUAUUUUUCCCUGCCAAAUGCAUUCCCGUAUGGACAAAGGGGUUUAUCUCAUGAUACAACUGAUUCUCCAGCCGUGACGAUUCGGACUGUCUUCCCAGAAACGUGGAUCUGGGAACUUGCUGAAGUGGGGGACUCUGGGUCAGCUCAGGUUCCUGUCACGGUUCCUGACACCAUCACCUCUUGGGAGACGGAGGUCUUCUGCCUGUCCUCUGAAGGUCUGGGUCUGGCUCCUCCUGCUCAGCUGACAGUUUUCCAGCCCUUCUUCCUAGAGCUCUCCCUGCCUUACUCCAUCAUCCGCGGGGAGAUCUUUGAGCUGAAGGCCACUGUCUUCAACUAUCUGUCCAAGUGCAUCAUGGUUAGAGUGACUCCAGCUGCUUCCUCAGACUACACUCUCCAAGCCCCCAAGCCUGAUGAUCAAUAUUCAUCCUGUCUGUGUGCUAAUGGAAGAAAAACCUUUAAAUGGAUCCUCACUCCCUCUGUUCUUGGAGUCUUGAACAUUACAGUCAGUGCAGAGGCAGAGGCGUCCCAGACUGUGUGCGACAAUGAGAUUGUGAGCGUCCCGGAGAGAGGACGCAUUGACACGGUCACACGAAGUCUACUCGUAAAGGCAGAAGGAACUGAAAUGACAGAGACUCGCAGCUGGUUACUGUGUCCAAAGGGUUAG